AUGAAAAAUAGAACAAGGUCAAAAACAAACAAAUUAACACCAAACAUGAGCAACAAUGAUUGUAAUACACAGUCGAAACAAAAGACUGCUGCAAUUGAGGAUGAACGUGGAUAUAUUGAUAAAUCCGCAACCACUUUAUUUCGGACAACAUCGAUCUUAGAUGAGGAUAAAAUACGAUCAGAUGAUAAACAAGAAGAUGUGGUAGCAUGGAUCGACCAACUGGAAGUUGCACUAGAUUUAACUGACCAUGCACAAGGUAAAUGGAGUAAAUUGGCUGUAUGGUAUUUAAAGGGUGAAGCCUUAAGUUGGUAUAUUAAGAAUAAAAACCAAGUUUAUGACUGGGAUUCAUUUAGACAAAUAAUAGUCGAGAAAUACCCAACAUGUGUUAAUCAUCAUAAUGAUUUAAUUAAACUGGAACAAACAAUUCCCUCUUCAACAACAAUGUUAAAUACAAAAUCUGUCUCAACAAUCGACUUAUCAAAUAAUUUGCUUAAAACAUUGAUGGAACGGAACAUAAGAUUUUAUCGUGACAUAAUGAAUUUAUGUGAUAAAUACGAUUCCAGUAUGGCAGAUUCAUCACGAAUUGGCUAUUUACAAGAUGGAUUAAAACCGGAAUUGCAACAUUAUGCAUUAAACCAACAAAUAACAAAACCAGAACAAUUUUUUAAUAUUAUGCAACAACGUGAACAUAUUCAAGUCAGAUUAUCAAAUGUUCAGCUCAAUGACUUAGGAACAACAGCGACAAUACAAGAAACAUCGCCUAGAAAAGGUGUCCCACAAUCAAAUACAACAUCAGUCGAUAUCAUGAUCAACAACAAGUAUAUUAUACAUGUGGUCAGCCUGGACAUUAUGCCAGAUAUUGUUCGCAAUAUUUAA